AUGGCGGCCUCUUUUGCAUCCCCCAUGUCGCCUCCUCCCCCAUCACUCCCUCUCCAUCGGUGCUUGUCAACACCACAUUACACAUACAAUACACACCCAAAAACACCCUCCUCCCUCACCUCACCUCACCUCACACCCCCUCCUCCCCACCAACACCCUCCUCCUCCCCGCACCCCGACCAACCUCGACGCCCCUGUGUCCAACCCCCCCAGCCCGCUCAACGCCACCUGGAUUGUGCACGCGGCCCGUGUCGUUCUCCCGCCCGCGCUCACUCUGUCGCCCGCCCUGUCCUAA